AGAAAAACAGAAGUGUCGAAAAUUCAUUCAUAAAAUCAACGCUGAGCGCGGCGCUCUUUACGCACCUAGCAAGCGCUCUCAGCAGCGCUCAUUUUCGAGCAAACUAAAAACGCAAACAAACAACGCUCCCACUCAGAAAUUCUCCACGCGCUUGACUUACGAAGAUGCAGACCUCACAACUGGUCACACCAGGUGCGGCGGCAGCAACGGCGCCAAAUACUAACCAUCAUCACCUAAACAACAACAACAACAACAAUAGCUAUCAUUACAAUCCACAUUUCCACAACACAAGCCACGGCAGUAACAACAACAAUCACCACACUAUGAGUUAUACACCACACGAGCAAACCAACACAUUCAACAAUACUCAACCAACUCACCACCACCUGAAUUCCGCCACAGCCACGAACACCACCACAACGAAUAGCAACACACCAAUAGCGGCGCACAAGUAUGCGCCUGCACGUAGGCUAGCCGCACGUCAGACGCUACGCUUGCAAAUACCCAAACAACAGGGUGACUCGUAUGGUGCGCCUUCAACAUAUUACAAACAUUCACCAUCACAGCUGCCGCCUGCGCCAAUACUGAAGCGCCAUCAAACGCCGACACCAACAUCGGCCACACAUCAAUAUCACUCGUCAGCGAAUGCGUUCCCGAAAUCCGCUUCGCCGCUGGAGUCGCAUAAGCUACCGAAUGUGGUGUGCAGCAGCGCCUCACCGUCAUCGCAGUUGUCUUCCGGCUCCUCGCUGUACUACAAUGGCAGCAAUGGUGGUCUGUCGAUACAGACAGCCACCGCCACACCGUCGUGUGGCGCAAACAAGUUUCUUCACUUACGUAAACCGAGUAUUACCUUGAAUACGGCGGAUGUGCGCAAUAAUAACGGCAAUAGCACUGGCAGUAUUGUAGCCUGUGGCAGUGAUUUAUUUAGCUUCGCUAAGGAACUGUCGCCUUCGAUGGACAUGAGUGGUGAGUUAUAUCAAUGA